AUGGAAUGCAGUGGGACGCGGCCAGAGCCCCGCUCCCUGAAGGCUGCGGCACCGCUGCAGGCGGAGGCGGCGAGCGAGGCGCGGAGCCGCUGCAGCAGCGCCAGCGAUGGCGCCAGCCUCGCCGAGGAGGCCGCAGGGAGCGAGGCCGCGCACGAGGAGGAGGAGGAGGAGGAGGCGGCCGAGGAGAGGCUGAAGGAGAGCGUGGACGGCGUCCUGGACAGGAGCGCCAGGACGCGCCAGGCCGCCCUGCAGAGCCUGCGCGAGGCCUUCGCCGGCCGCAGCCUCUGCGAGUUCCUGCUCGAGCGCCGCCUCACGCUCGCCGACUCGCUGGAGCGCUGCCUCAGGAAGGGUAAAGGGGAGGAGCAGGCGCUGGCGGGCGCCGUCCUCACCCUCCUCUGCCUCCAGAUGGGCUCGGGCGUCGAGGCCGAGCAGCUCUUCCGCAGCCUGAGGCCGCUGCUCGUCAGCAUCCUGACAGACGGCGCUGCCAGCCCCGUGGCCCGGCAGAGYUGCGCCGCAGCCCUGGGCAUGUGCUGCUAUGUCGCCGCUGCUGAUCCAGAGGACCUGGUGUCGUGUCUGGCCUGCCUCGAGGGCAUCUUCACCGGCCCUGGCGUGGGCGAUGGCAGCUCCAUGUCCACACAGCACACUGCUCUGCACUGCAGCGCCCUCCAGUCCUGGUCCCUGCUCCUCACCAUCUGCCCCGCCUCCCACGUAAAACGCAUUUUGGACAAUCACUGGCUCAAGCUGCCCUUGCUGCUGUCCAGCAACAGCAUGGCACUGCGCAUCGUGGCUGGAGAAACCAUCGCCCUGCUCUUUGAGCUGUCCCAGGACAUGGAGGAGGACUUAGGCCACCAAGACACUGAGUUCCUGUGUGCCCAGCUCAAAGUCCUGGCCACCGAGAGCAACAAGUAUCGGGCCAAGAUGGACCGACGGAAGCAGCGCUCCAUUUUCCGGGACAUYCUGCGCUUCAUUGAGAGUGGGGAGUACCAGGAAGAGACCAUCCGCUUUGGCCUGGAGUGUGUGUACGUGGACAGCUGGGCACGUCGGCGAACGUACCAAGCCUUCAAAGAGGUGCUGGGCUCCGGCAUCCGCCACCACCUCCAGAACAAUGAGCUGCUCCGGGAGAUCUUUGGCCUCGGACCCCCGUUGGUGCUGGAUGCGGCUACUCUGAAGGCCAGCAAGGUCUCCCGCUUUGAGAAGCACCUCUACAAUUCAGCUGCCUUCAAAGCCCGCACGAAGGCCCGGAGCCGGGUACGGGACAAGCGGGCAGAUGUGCUGUGACGGGCAGAGCGGGGCGCUGCCCCCUGGCCGCUGUGGACUGAAGACCUACUACUGUGAGGGGCAUGUGCCCCUGGCCCUUGGGCUUUUACACAUGUACAGCAGAGUAUUUAAUGCCUGGUGCUGCCCCACUGGGGGUUGCCCCCUCUUUUAUUUUUUUAACCAAAAAGAAGGAAGGAAGGGAGGGA